CGCUCACUUCAUACAAACGGAACUCGGCUGGUUUGUUUGUCAACAACAUCCAGAAUGUUUAUUUCUGAUUUUGGAUUGCCAAUUUUUCAAAUUUGCUCCUCAAAUUAAUAACGCUGGCUUAACCGAAGGUAAAGUUUAAAAUGAGAAGUCGUUCCAAACGUCUGCGUCAAGAAACCAGUGAAGUGACAAACAGAGUCCGCCGAAAACUGCUCCAGUGCCGGCUUUGUUUCAGAGUUCUAUCCAAGGAAGAAUUACCGGAAAUAUUCCCGGGAAACGAAACUAGCGUUCAGGAGGCUAUCCACUCCGCGGUUUCUAUCGAGGUAACCAAACAGGACCGUGCGGUGCGAAUUUGCCAUUCCUGCCUAUACAUGGUGCACAUGAUAAACGAUUUUCGAAUCAUUUGUGAAAAAACUCAGCUACUGUUUACUAAACACCAACUUUUAUCUGUCGGAGAGUUCUGGAACAAAGCUUGCGACCAGGAAAUAUUCGUAAAAUGCUUCGCCUUAGUGCAGCAGUGCAAGAAUAGCAUAGAGGAACUGUGUUUGAAACAAUAUGUUAGCGACUUAACGAAUAAUGUAGCUAGCCAUUCUUUCGAUUUACCAGCAGACAACAAACAAGAGACUGAAAGUUAUCACGAACAGCUUGAUCAACAAGUUAAAGAUGAACUGGUGGAAUUCAAAGCUGAUAUUAGUGUUUGUAGAGACUCUUAUGAAAACAGCCAAUGUACACUUAAGUCAGAACAAGGAAGCAUAUCUGGUGAAGAUUCAGAAGAUGAUCGGAUUGGUUCUUUUGAGGAAAAUCUAGCAGACCUUAGAGGGGAAACUGUGUCUAAGAAAAAAGAUUUGGAGGAAGAACAACAAAUGCAUGGCGAGGCUGACUUUGAAGUUGAUGAUCCAGAGUUUGUGACGAAACCUAAGCGAGCGAAAAGGGCUCCCGAUGAACCUCGCAGGCGUCGGGGGAGACCAGCAUUACCAGAAGAAAUGUUGAAGCGAAGGCGACGCAAACCAGGAGAACCGAAGAAAAAGCCGGGACCCAAAAAUCGUAUCAAACUGCCAACGCAAUCUGUAGUUUGUGAAAUCUGCGGCAAACUAGUAAAUCGUGAAAACCAAGAACGUCACCGGAACGAUCAUCUCGGACACCGACCGUACCCAUGUACGAUCGAUGGUUGCAGUCAUGCAUUCUCCAGCAAAGCUGGUCUGCAUGGGCACCUGGCGCGGCAUGCUGAUCGGGAUAAUGUUUACGAUUGCGAUAUCUGCGGAGCGAAAAUUAAGACUAAAAGCUCGCUGCAUCGACACCGGAAGAUGCACACCAUGGAAAAACCGCACGCUUGUGAUAUAUGCGGAAAACGUUUCUGGCGAAAGAGCUAUCUUAAUCAUCACUCGACCGUUCACACGGGGAUAGCCAAAUUUCCGUGCGAAUACUGCGGUUUUGUAUUCAAGAAUAAGUACUGGCGGUCGUUUCACAUCAAACAGAAACACGUGGCAAAAGGGGAAGAACCGCGGCUCGAAACACUGGAAGAGGAUGCAGAAAUCCCUGAAGAAGUUGUGACUGAAAUCAGUAUCGAGUAUAUUUAGUAUGUGAGCAUAAUAAAAGUCAUACAGAUACACAA